AUGGUAUGGAAGCCGAUCUUGUGGAGUGCAUUGAACUUUUUCGUGGUGCCCGCCCGAGUUUUCGACAUUGAGAAGACACUGGGCUUCCAAUCCGUCUCUGCAAGCUUUGCUGAGGCAGAUGUGGCAGAUCCAUGGAGGAAAGGAUCACAAAGAGUCGACGGGAACGACUGUGCAAACGUGCAAAAGUUUGGAGAGAUGUACUACAACUGUGCGACAUAUUACAUUGCGGAUGAUCUCACUGCGUCCUCUUGCCGUCAGCCUUGCAUCAACAAUCCAGAUCGUCCGGCACAGUGCAUCGUCAGCCAAAUCAAGACUUGCUGCAGUGAGAGCAGCGAAUGUUCACGGCAUGGUUGUUGCAGAUGA